AUGGUUCUACAGUGGAGUACAUUCUAUACCCCCGAUGGUUCUGCAGUGGAGGACAUUCUAUACCCUCCUGGUUCUGCAGUGGAGGACAUUCUAUACCCUCCUGGUUCUGCAGUGGAGGACAUUCUAUACUCUCCUGGUUCUGCAGUGGAGGACAUUCUAGACCCCCCUGGUUCUGCAGUGGAGGACAUUCUAGACCCCCUGGUUAUGCAGUGGAGGACAUUCUAUACCCCCGAUGGUUCUGCAGUGGAGGACAUUCUAGACCCCCCUGGUUAUGCAGUGGAGGACAUUCUAUACCCCCGAUGGUUAUGCAGUGGAGGACAUUCUAUACCCCCGAUGGUUCUACAGUGGAGUAGAUUCUAUACCCCCGAUGGUUCUGCAGUGGAGGACAUUCUAUACCCUCCUGGUUCUGCAGUGGAGGACAUUCUAUACCCUCCUGGUUCUGCAGUGGAGGACAUUCUAUACCCCCCCAUGGUUCUGCAGUGGAGGACAUUCUAUACCCUCCUGGUUCUGCAGUGGAGGACAUUCUAUGCCCUCCUGGUUCUACAGUGGAGUACAUUCUAUACCCCCAAUGGUUCUGCAGUGGAGGACAUUCUAUACCCUCCUGGUUCUGCAGUGGAGGACAUUCUAUACCCUCCUGGUUCUGCAGUGGAGGACAUUCUAGACCCCCCUGGUUCUGCAGUGGAGGACAUUCUAAACCCCCGAUGGUUCUGCAGUGGAGGACAUUCUAGACCCCCCUGGUUAUGCAGUGGAGGACAUUCUAUACCCCCGAUGGUUAUGCAGUGGAGGACAUUCUAUACCCCCGAUGGUUCUACAGUGGAGUACAUUCUAUACCCCCGAUGGUUCUGCAGUGGAGGACAUUCUAUACCCUCCUGGUUCUGCAGUGGAGGACAUUCUAUACCCUCCUGGUUCUGCAGUGGAGGACAUUCUAUACCCCCCAUGGUUCUGCAGUGGAGGACAUUCUAUACCCUCCUGGUUCUGCAGUGGAGGACAUUCUAUACCCUCCUGGUUCUACAGUGGAGUACAUUCUAUACCCCCGAUGGUUCUGCAGUGGAGGACAUUCUAUACCCUCCUGGUUCUGCAGAGGAGGACAUUCUAUACCCCCCUGGUUCUGCAGUGGAGGACAUUCUAUACCCCCGAUGGUUCUGCAGUGGAGGACAUUCUAUACCCUCCUGGUUCUACAGUGGAGUACAUUCUAUACCCCCGGUGGUUCUGCAGUGGAGGACAUUCUAUACCCUCCUGGUUCUGCAGUGGAGGACAUUCUAUACCCCCGGUGGUUCUGCAGUGGAGGACAUUCUAUACCCCCGAUGGUUCUGCAGUGGAGGACAUUCUAUACCCCCGAUGGUUCUGCAGUGGAGGACAUUCUAUACCCUCCUGGUUCUGCAGUGGAGGACAUUAUAUACCCUCCUGGUUCUGCAGUGGAGGACAUUCUAGACCCUCCUGGUUCUGCAGUGGAGGACAUUCUAUACCCUCCUGGUUCUGCAGUGGAGGACAUUCUAUACCCUCCUGGUUCUGCAGUGGAGGACAUUAUAUACCCUCCUGGUUCUGCAGUGGGGGACAUUCUAUACCCUCCUGGUUCUGCAGUGGAGGACAUUCUAUACCCUCCUGGUUCUGCAGUGGAGGACAUUCUAUACCCUCCUGGUUCUGCAGUGGAGGACAUUCUAGACCCCUCUGGUUAUGCAGUGGAGGACAUUCUAUACCCCCGAUGGUUAUGCAGUGGAGGACAUUCUAUACCCCCCAUGGUUCUGCAGUGGAGGACAUUCUAUACCCUCCUGGUUCUGCAGUGGAGGACAUUCUAUACCCUCCUGGUUCUGCAGUGGAGGACAUUCUAUACCAUAGAGAUUAGAUAUCGCUACGUUUUAUACCGUCCUAGACCCUCCUCCUGUCUCUCCUCAAGUCUCUGCUCCAGUCUCUCCUCCUGGACCUUCCUCAUGUCACGUGACUUAACAGGAAAGUGCUGUGUUCUAGCCAGAGACCUUCUAUCCCCGGCAACCAUCCAGUUUGCCUCUCUGUGUGAAGUUUAACAGAUCAUGGCAAGGAUGGAAAGGGUGAUGACGUUCUCCACCUACCUACCACACCCUACAGAACACAUCUAUUGCCAAAAGAACCUACUAGUCUAUGUCCUACAGAACACUACAGCCACGCCGACAGCCAAUAGAACUCUG